GGAAACUCCCUUUAAUCACACGACACAUUUUCACUCAACGACUGGCCGCUGAACUGAGUGCUAUACGUUACCUUUUUUACUCUUCACUUGUUUCGCACUUUCUUUCAGUCACCAUCUCCGACUCUUUCUCUUAUCUCUAAGUCAACAUGGCUCACCAUGAAGAUUCAAGUGCAUGGAAUUCGAGUAUACCUCACCCUAAGCUCAAUGAAAGAAUUCUGUCUUCUCUGUCACGGAGAACUGUUGCUGCUCACCCCUGGCACGAUUUAGAGAUUGGGCCAGGAGCUCCAGCUGUUUUCAACUGUGUGGUUGAAAUUGGCAAAGGCAGUAAGGUUAAGUAUGAGCUGGACAAGACAAGUGGACUUAUAAAGGUUGAUCGUAUUCUUUACUCAUCAGUUGUCUACCCACACAACUAUGGUUUUAUCCCAAGAACCAUUUGUGAAGACAGUGAUCCUAUGGACGUGCUGGUUCUAAUGCAGGAACCCGUGCUUCCUGGUUCCUUCCUUCGUGCUCGUGCUAUUGGACUAAUGCCUAUGAUUGACCAGGGUGAGAGGGAUGACAAGAUCAUAGCAGUUUGUGCUGAUGACCCUGAGUUCCGCCAUUACACUGACAUCAAUGAGCUUCCUCCACAUCGGCUUGCUGAAAUCAGAAGAUUCUUUGAGGACUACAAGAAGAAUGAGAACAAAAUAGUUGAUGUUGAAGACUUUCUACCGGCUGAAGCUGCCAUUGAUGCCAUCAAUUACUCCAUGGACUUGUAUGCUGCUUACAUAGUUGAGAGCUUAAGACACUAACUUCCUUAGAAACUGAAUAGCCAAUUUCAGUGAUCUCCAACUAAAUAUGUAAAAUGUGAAUGAAACUCCAUAAACAUUGUGAUUUCCGUGCUGUUCUGUGAUGCACUAGUGCUGCCUCGGUUAUUGACACAACAGUGUCUAAAACUUCUGCUUUGGAUGCGGUUGUACUGCCCCCCAAUAAUGAGUUCAUUUAUAGUAUUGAAGUCCUUAUCCUUUGUUUGGUAUUGGAGAAAUAGUAACACAUGAAUGAAUUUUCAGUUAAGCAAAUUCCUCGAGUUUUAUUGUA